AAGCUUUUCUAGUUUCCUUGGCUAGCAGUUAAUGUUGCUUCUAGCUUUCUUACCUUAAAAAUGAAUUGUUUCACUCCAGUGAAUGUUAGGGUGACAGGCCUGCUGCUAGCCAGUUUUGUCAUUUUGGCUUCAGCAAUGUAUUUUGAUUUAGGGGAACAGGAGGAAAAGUGUAUCAUUGAGGAGAUUCCAGGUGACACACUUGUGACAGGUGUCUUUCUGCUAGAGUAUUGGGAUGGAAAUAAGAAGGGCAAUACUCCACACCUUGGUUUGACAGUGACUGUGAGAGAUCCUAACCAUGCGGUGGUCUUGUUAAAACGCUUUGGGAGAUACGGAAAAUUCACCUUUACAUCCCAUGCUUCGGGUCAACAUUUUGUGUGCAUGCAAUCCAACUCCACCAGGUUCUCUGUGUUCGCUGGUGAUCGUCUGAAAGUCCAUUUAGAUGUCCAGAUGGGUGAGCAUACCACCAUUGAUCCUAAUGCUGCCAAGGCAAAGGACACUAUGAAAGCAAUGGAGUACAACCUGCAACAUCUCAUUGACCAGAUGCAUUACAUUAGCAGGCAGCAAAAUUUCCAAAGGGAACGUGAGGAGAAGUUUCGCAAAAUAAGCGAGGAAACAAAUGGAAACGUUUUGUGGUGGGCCAUUAUUCAGACAUCAAUACUCCUCUCUGUUGGAAUCUGGCAAAUGAAAAACCUCAAAGACUUUCUCAUUGAAAAGAAGUUGGUAUAGCUUUAUAAAAUGACUACCCUUAGAAAAAUUAACCAUGGUUUUAUUAUAGAAAAAGUGUAGUAACAUGUUUUUUUUUUUGUUUUUUUUUUGGGUGAAUUGAUUACCAUUUGUAUAACCACAGUUUUACUACAAAUACCAUGGUUAAACAAUGGUUAGUGUAGCAAAACCAUGGUUAAUUGGUGGCCUAUAGCCUAUUAACGUUUUUUUUUGUGUGUGUGUGUGUGUGUGUGUGUGUGUGUGUGUGUGUGUUAAUUUUAAUAGUUAAUUUUCAUAAUGAACAGUGUUUAGAUAAUUCUAUAUUGUUUAAAGCAUUUUGAUAAAUGUAGAAGUCUAAAUUAGCCCACCUCAUUUGAGAGUAAGCCUAAACGGUCAUUUACUCUGCAAAGACAAUUUUUCA